AGCACUGCUGGCUGCACUGGUGGGUGGCACUGGUGGGGCAGCACUGGUGGGUGGGCACAGGUGGGUGGCACUGGUGGGCACAGGUGGGUGGCACUGGUGGGUGGGCACAGGUGGGUGGCACUGCUGGGCACAUGUAGGUGGCACUGCAGAGUGGCACAGGUGGGGGCACUGCUGGGCACUGCUGGGCACAGGUGGGGGCACUGCUGGGCACAGGUGGGGGCACUGCUGGGAACGGGGUGGGCGGGGCUAGUGGGCGCACUGCUGGGCGGAACUUGCGGGUGUCACUGCUGGGCACCGAUCAUCAGGGCACUG